AAACGUAAAGGAGAUCAUUCACCUUCUAAAUAUUAUCCGAAUUCAUCGUCAACAUUACAUAUGACACAUCGUAGAGAAUCUGGUAAUAAGACUAAAGUUUGUGCAAGCUGUAGAACUCGCAGUACACCAUGCUGGAGACCUGGCUGGCGUCCAGAUCUUUUCUUGUGUAAUAGCUGUGGAUUAAG